AUGACAUCCACGUCCGAGCCUCAAUCAGAUUUUACCAAAGACAGCAUGUCUACGAAAAUUGGUGGACGCAUUGUACACCCUGCCUUUCCCGUUGUAGAUGAAUCUCUCCCAACAACUCUCGAACUUUCGUUUGACUCAAGUCUGAAGAUCUUUACUAUUGAACAAGUACCUUUGGAGCCAACGGAAGGGAUCAAACGCCGCGAACGAGUACUAAAUCGAAUGGGGUCGCUAUGUCGUGACUGGAUUAAGUCAGUGUGCGUUAAGCGAGGGCUUCCUCCAAAUGUCAUCAACUCUGCUGGUGGACAGCUGUUCACCUCCGGAUCCUAUCGGCUUGGAGUCCAUGAACCGGGUGCCGACAUUGAUACGAUUCUCGUAGCACCAAACACAUGCACUAAACAAGAUUUCUUCGGGACUCUACCGGUAGAUGAAUCACAGCCAGAUCAACAAGCAAACCUCAGGGAUCCUUCCUCUUUGGCCGAGCGCAUUCGAGAACACCCAGAUGUCACAAAUUUUGUUCCAGUAGAAGGUGCUGCUGUUCCUAUAUUGACGUUUGAUUGGGAAGGCGUCAAUAUCGACUUACUUUUUGCACGACUGAACUCAUCAUCCGUACCUUCGGACAUUGACAUAGACAACGAUACUGUUUUGGAUGGAGUGGACAGUGCAACUGAGAAAUCACUAAAUGGCCCGAGAGUCACCAAUUUAAUUGCAGCGUUGGUAUCAGGGAAGCCAGAACGCUAUCAAACGUUUCUCACGGUGGUGCGGUGUGUCCGCAAGUGGGCAAAGAAUCGAGGAUUAUACAGCAACAAAAUGGGAUAUUGGGGUGGCGUCAACAUCAACAUUGCUGUGGCGAUGUGUGUACAACUAUAUCCUAAUGCAUCUCCGGCAAGUUUGCUACGAAAAUUUUUUUUAGUCUUCAAAACGUGGAGAUGGCCAAACCCAAUCAUGCUCACGAAGCCACACGAUGCCGGAUACGGAUUGCAAGUUUGGAGUCCACAAGCACAUAAUGCACGCCAAGUCGCACCGAUGAUUACUCCUGCUUACCCAGCCAUGAAUUCUACGCUAUCAGUAUCACGGCAAACGCUGCAAAUCAUGCAUGAGGAAUUCUGCCGAGGACAUGAGAUUAUGGAUAAAUUAUGGAAGCAGCACCAGGAUGACCCAUCAAGGGAGCUGGAUUGGGCGGAACUCUUCAGGCCGUCCGAUUUCUUCAUCGCGUAUCCAUACUACUUGAGUCUUUGUAUUGUAGGACCAACGGAGUCGGAUGCUCAAGCUUGGGCUGGAUUUGUCGAAUCGAGACUGCGGAAGCUGGUCUCGGAUAUGCUUGGCCGAUCUUUGCCCUUGAGCAAAAUUCAGCUGUGGCCAAAGAAAAUUGAAGCCUGCAUUGCCGAUCGAUCGUCGCUGUUGACGCUUGGGCAGCGGAAGAAUUCUCUGACAUAUAUGAUUGGUUUCCAGGUUGACACGCUGAGAAUGAGGGGCAGUCAGCUCAACAUAGAGCUGCAGAUGUCCCAUUUUCGAGAAUGGGAAUUAUCACGCUAUCAACCUCUGGUCCCAGGCAUGGAUGUAUUGGCCAAAACAUUCACAGUCAAGAAUGUUCCAAAAGUCUGCUUUGAAAUUUAUGAAGGAGGGAAAGAUGCAGCCAUGCAACGGCGGAGAAUGCUCAGAGAUGCUGAUCCCAAGCGACAAGAACGUCGACGACUGCGUAGACUCAACGAACUAAAGACCAAAAUGGCCGAAAUGCAGAGACAGAAAGAGGAAAAGGAAGGCGAAAACCCUGGGCGAGACAAAAAGAGGAAACGUACAGAUGAUGAUGGUGGUGGUGGUGGUGGUGAUGAUGAUGCCGUAGAGCCCAAUGAAGGAACGGAAAUUGCCAAUGUGCAAAGCGAGAAUGAUGCCGUCGUCGAAGGGAUAAAAGCUGAGGAAAUGGAUGAAGCCGACCUUUUGGAGAAUGCUCUUCACACAAUUCAAGAGUCAGAACCUGGUGAGCGGAAGUCUCGAGAAGAAGCAGAAGCUGACAGACAAAAGCUGUUCGCAGGUGAAUUGGAGGGGGACGAUGACUAUGUUCCAAGUGACGAUGAAGAUAUGGCAUAUACUGGAGACGGCGCCCGACGCAGUUUUUUCGUUAGACCAAAAUCAGCCCUCAAGCACACAGACAUACGUUCAUUGCCACUCCCAGAGGACCAAGCAAAUAUUCUUCGAAAAGCUGGGUAUACAGUAGUAAGUGAUGUCGACGAGGAAACAAAAACGAUUGGGGGUAACAUGCAAACUCCGUUUCGCCAGAUCGAGAAAGCUUGCGUGACAAGAAAGAUCAAGAAUCUCAAGAUUGACUUUCGAUCAAAGUUUGACAUUGUGGAGCUUGACGCAAAUGGUCGAAUCAUCGAUAAGGGAGACGACGAUUUCAGCCCCAGCAGAACUUGGACUGGAAGAAAGGCAGGAUUCGAAUUCAAGCUUGGAGAAAGAGGCCUAGGUUACUACCGAACUGGAAAAACAGUACGCGUUCCAUCGAAUACUGCAUAUUAG